AGCGCGGGACAGCUGAUCUGCUACAGUGUAGUAGUGGUAACAUUAAAAGGUGCACAGUGCGCUAUGAGUGCAUCGGGAUCAAAGCGCGCCGCGAUUUUCGCGCUACUGGUCGGCGUUUGUCAGGCGUUGUUUCCCCGCGAGUCUCAAAACAGAGAAGUGAAAGAUGUGAGCGGGAUCUGGAGCUUCAGAGCGGACCUCUCUCCUGACCGGAACCGCGGCUUUGAACAGGCAUGGUACAAGAGUCCACUGGCCGAGUCAGGUCCUGUCAUCGACAUGCCUGUACCCUCCAGUUACAACGACAUCACACAAGAUGCCAAAAUCCGUGAUUUUAUUGGCUGGGUCUGGUACGAGAGGGAAGUUUGGGUGCCUGAACGCUGGAUCCAGGACCAGGGAACAAGGAUCAUGCUCCGAGUGGGAAGCGCACACUAUUACGCUGUGGUUUGGGUGAAUGGGGUGAAGAUUACAGAACACGAGGGUGGUCACCUCCCAUUCGAGGCCGAAAUCAGCAGAGGACUCCUGCAGUCUUUCUCGAAUCCGUGCCGAAUCACCAUCGCUGUAAACAACACUUUGACUUUAGAGACUCUACCACCAGGAACCAUCCAAUACUUGACCGACCGUACCAGAUAUCCUGCUGGUUACUUCAUUCAAAACACUAACUUUGAUUUCUUCAACUACGCUGGAAUACAUCGAUCUGUCCUGCUUUACACUACACCACAGGUGUACAUCGAUGACAUCACUGUGGAGACGUCAUUCUCUGAUAACAUUGGACUGGUCAGUUAUAAUGUCUCUGUGUUGGGCAGUCUUAAGUUUACUGUGAAGGUGACUCUGUCAGCAAAAGAUGGACAAUGUGUGGCCACAUCUAACGCAGCCAAAGGAGUUCUUAAAGUAACCGAUGUCAAUCUCUGGUGGCCGUACCUGAUGCAUGAAAACCCUGCUUAUCUCUAUUCAAUGGAGGUCGAGGUUACAGCGGAGGACGGACAGAAGGAUAUUUACAGUCUUUCUGUGGGUAUUCGAACUGUAAAAGUCACCAGCACACAGUUUCUCAUUAACAACAAGCCGUUCUACUUUCACGGGGUCAACAAACAUGAAGACGCGGACAUUCGGGGUAAAGGCUUCGACUGGCCUCUGUUAGUGAAGGACUUUAACCUGAUGAAGUGGAUGGGGGUGAACUCGUUCCGCACCAGUCACUACCCGUACGCUGAAGAAGUCCUGCAGAUGGCCGACCGACAUGGCAUCGUAAUUAUAGAUGAAUGUCCUGGAGUCGGUAUUAAAGACAUACGCAGUUUUGGGAACGCUUCUCUGGCUCAUCAUCUGACGGUCAUGAAGGAGUUGGUCAGACGAGAUAAGAAUCAUCCCUCGGUGGUCAUGUGGUCUGUGGCCAAUGAGCCGGCGGCUGAAAUGCAACCAGCUGGAUUUUAUUUCAAGGAACUCGUGUCUUAUACCAAAUCUCUGGAUUCCACUCGGCCGGUAACCUUUAUCACAGACAGCAACUUUGCCAGAGAUAAAGGGGCCCCAUAUGUGGAUGUCAUCUGUGUCAACAGCUACUUUUCGUGGUACCAUGAUCCUGGUCACACGGAGGUUAUCAGCAUCCAGCUUAACACUCAGUUUGAUAACUGGUAUGGAAAAUACCAGAAACCUAUAAUACAGAGCGAGUAUGGAGCGGACGCCGUGCCCGGCCUACACAGCGAUCCUCCCAUGAUGUUCACAGAGGAAUAUCAGAAAGCGGUCCUGCAGAACUACCACAACGUGUUUGACAAGAAGAGAAAAGAGUUUGUGAUUGGAGAACUCAUCUGGAACUUUGCUGACUUCAUGACAGCUCAAAGCAUCACACGAGUGGUUGGAAAUAAAAAGGGAAUCUUCACUCGCCAGCGGCAGCCCAAACCUGGAGCUUAUCUCUUGAGAGAGCGUUACUGGAGGAUCGCCAAUGAGACCGGUGUACUGCCAACCUGGACCAGAUAUCCCUGCUCAUCAUGGGAUCUGCUCUGAUUCUGUUACACAAUGGAGCUUUAGAGAGUAAAGGUGAAAAUUAUAGUAUUAUUUAAAGGGGACAUAUUAUGAAAAUCUGACUUUUUCCAUGUUUAACUGCUAUAAUUGUGUCCCCAGUGCUUCUAUCAACCUAGAAAAUGUAAAAAAGAUCAACCCAGUAACUUAGUUUUGGUAAACCAUUCUUUCCAAGCAUGUGAAAAAAUAGGUCAUUGUAAUUUGGCUCCUAUUGUGAUGUCAGAAUAAGGUAAUACCGCCCCCUUUAUCUGCACUAUCCAACCACAGCACUGCCAUUUAGUUCAAAGAGAAAGAAAAGAAGGACUUGACAGCACAAUUGAGUUUCAAUUACAACAAACCACCAUCAUUGUGAUCAGUGUUUGCACUUCAGCCGCUCAUUUGCAUUUUAAACGACACACCCAAAACGGCACACUUUUGCUCAGACCUAGAUUAAGACUUAGUUUACAUCUUUAAAAAAAAUCUCAUAAUAUGUCCUCUUUAAGUGAGAGAUGUGCUGCCUUAUUAUCUUCAUGGAUCAAUCAGAUGCCACUGAUGUUUUAUAUGGGUGUGGUUGUAUAAUGAAAUCACACGCUAUUUGUGUAAAGAUAUAGUCAUAUAUACAGCUGAUAGGAUUUUAUGUCAUCAUAAAUGUGUCACAGAUACAUUAGUGCACUUCUGAUGUGCAAAAACACUAUAAGAGGAGAUCACCAACAUCUUUCUAUUUUCUGCUUAUUAUUGUUUGUAUAUUCAUUACAUUCAAAUGUGAAAUAAUAUUCUUACAACUUUUGCAUUAAUAUUAUGAUGCUUAUUUUUAGGGUUAUUGCAGUACUUUUCAUUAGACCUUUGACCUGUACUUAAACUCUACUUUUCAGUUUCAAUGAAAACCUUAUUGUUUAUCUGUCUGCACACAAGUAUGAUCAGUGUUUUGUCCAUUGAGAAAGAGUACUUCACUUUAUCUGACCUUUCUCAACAUUUCAGUCUUUCUCAGGGAUGUCGUCAUGAUUUUAUCUACAAGUAUGUUAUUGUCAUCAGAGUAUUCGCCUGUUUCCUUUUAUGUACAAUAAAUGUUACACCAGUCUCA